AAAACUCUGUUAAAGGAAGUGUUUUGGAGAAAGUGUUUCGGAAAUUUAAUCGUCUUUUCCACGUUAAAAAUGACGCCUACGUUCUGUUGGAUAUUCCUGUUGGUGUUGGCGUUGGUGGGCCGCGCUACGAGCGUACCAAGGCCUCUCACGGUCGACGCUUGCGCCCUGCUCUGCAAUCCCGGGGCAGAGACUGAAUCCGAGCGAGAGAGGGAUGUGCGCCUAUUUCCCCGAUAUCCCAAGGUAAACUGCAAGCUCCAGUCCGUCAGCAACGAGCAUCAGUCGUUUGCUAUUAUGAGCCACUGUUUGAAACUGUGCGCUUACGAACUAUCAAUCGCGUCGGAAGUCAACUGUUUUGCUCUGAGAUCAUCCCUCCAAGCAAGUAUAGGAUGUUAUUGUGAUGCUUUAACACCCUUGAGUCCGAACACUAUGCGCCUUCACGAAACUUGGCGGCUCAACUUUUUGGUAAAGGAGUUGGCGAGCGAUAUCAUGAGUACGAUUAUAAAGUCACCUCUCGACGUAAUCAUCCUAUGCGAGAUCCGUAAUGAACUGUUCAAAGAUGCCAACAUAAUUCAUGGACAGUUGCACGAAAUAUGUUCAAACCCAGAGAAGUCAUCCAGCAUGGAUGACUCAACUGAAGACACUCUGAUCAGUCAUCCACGAGCAAAACGAAAUAUCGAAGAGAGUGAGACAGAUGAAUUCGACUAUGACGACGGACCUUUGGAACUGGUUGAAGAUAUGCAGAAGGAUGAGAACAUAGAGUCGGUACCACGACAUCAGGAGAAACGUGAUUCGCCACUUCCCGAUAAUCUAGACUUGUCCAGAGAGCAGACUGACGAAGGUUUCUCCCACCAGGAUCAGGACAACCCAACAUUAGGUGAACAUAGUGAAAACAAUCCAAAUUGCCAUGCAGAAACGUGCGACCGACUUUUAUAAGGAAGUCUGUCAAUGUUAAAUAAGUUAAAAAGCUGAACAAUUAUAGAACAUACAUAGACAAAAAUAACAGACAGGAGAGAGAGUUUGCGUGAAGACCACGAAUUUUCAUAUCUUGCAUAGAUCGUUAGUUUAUAAUUAAUUUAUUACGUAAAAGUGUUUCUCAUUGUAAUCGAAGAGAAGUAAUCUGAAGCAUAUAUGAUUUUUCUUUCCGAUUUUGUUAUUCAAAUUAAUUUUUGU